AUGGCGCAGCCGGUGGAGAAUCCCAUCCUGAUCACGCACUGCAGCCAGCUCCACAACAACCCAUCGCUGGGGCUGCCCCUGCAGGUCGGCAGCAGCUGCGAGUCCUGCGGCGCCACGCAGCUCGACAAUUGCGAAGGGCAUCUUGGCUUCAUCAAGCUGCCGGAGCCCAUCUACCACCCUAACCACAUCACCGAGCUGGGGAAGAUACUCAACCUCAUCUGCCUCCGCCUCAAGAAACCCAAGAAGGGCGCCGGGAAAGAAAGCAGAUUCACCUCAUGUUCAUACUGUCAGGAUCUCCCACCGCUAUGUGUCAGUCAAGUGAAGAAAUCCAACGGUGCCCGUAGCUUGGAACUGAAAGCACCAUUAAAGCAAGAGGUUGCCGACGGGUUUUGGAGCUUCCUUGAUCAAUUUGGCUUCCAUACAAGCGGUACAUCUCACCGCCGCCCCUUACAUCCAAAAGAGGACACACCAAAAGGCUUGUUGCGGAAAGUCCUGCGCACGAUAGAACAAAUCAAAAGCUUAAAUAUCAGCCACCCAAAUUUUGAAGCACGUGAGUUAGGGGCAGAUGAUCUUCAGGUUCCCCAGCAUGUCACCUUUACAAGACAGCCUGCACCAAAACAGUGGCAUAAAAAGAUGAAGGCCCUCUUCCUUAGUAAGAGUUCAAGCUACUCAUGCCGUGCAGUGAUCACUGGUGACCCAUACAUUGGCCUUGAUGUAGUAGGGGUGCCUGAUGAAGUAGCUAGAAGAAUGUCAGUACAAGAAUGUGUCACAAACUACAACAUUGCUCGGCUGCAAGACAUGAUGGAGAAAGGACUAUGCCUAACAUACACUAAUCUCAAUACCAACACAUAUGACUUGGAUGGGAAGAAAGGAGACAAGAAGUGCAUCAUGCUGAGGGUUGGUGAAACUGUAGACCGAAGAGUCCUUGACGGGGAUCUCGUCUUCAUCAAUAGACCACCAAGCACUGACAUGCACUCAGUUCAAGCCUUAUAUGUCCAUGUCCAUGAUGACCACACCAUAAAGAUCAACCCGCUCAUCUGUGGCCCACUUGGAGCAGAUUUUUAUGGCGAUUGUGUUCACAUCUUCUUCCCAAGAUCAGUUACAGCAAGAGCUGAAGCUGCAGAGCUCUUCACUGUGGAGAAACAACUGCUGAACUCCCACAAUGCGAAGCUGAACUUUCAAAUCAAGAAUGAUUACCUACUAGCUCUGAAGAUAAUGUGUGACAGAUCGUAUUCUAGAGAAAAGGCAAGCCAAAUUGCCAUGUUCUUGCCAGGGAUGAUUCUACCGAGUGAUUGGACUAUUCCUCAAUCACCCAGUGUGAUGAUUCCACCAGGUGAUUGGACUAUUCCUCAGAUUCUACAGACUACCGAUGCAUUAAGAACCCUACCAAGCCACCCAAACAAACAAUCUGUUGGAGCCUCAGUUACUGCCAUCAUCUCAUCAACUCUUUCAGAAAAGGGUCCAAGGGAGGCAAUAAAGCUCAUAAAUCUUAUGCAGCCCCUCCUAAUGGAAUCACUGCUUAUGGAUGGUUUCAGCAUAAGCUUGAAAGAUUUUGAUGGCCGGAGUGCAAUGCAGAAGGCAAAUCAAAGUAGUUCGCUUGAGAUUGAUAAGUUCAGCAAGUCAACUGUGGACUUUAUUGCUAAUUCCUCUGACCUUUGUCUGCUGGUUGAUCCAAAAAAAGAUUCAGCUCUGAAGAAAUUAAUUGAGCAGAUUGGUUUCUUGGGCCGUCAACUGCAAAGCACUGGAAGGUUAUACUCUAGCAACUUAGUGGAGGACUGCUACAACUUUCUGAAAAGGUGCAGCGGAAACACCAAUUGUUAUGAUCCUUCAAAGGGACAUGAUUUUGUUACGAGUUCAUUUCACAAUGGUUUAAACCCAUAUGAGGAACUACUCCAUUCAAUAUCAGUAAGGGAAAAGAUAGAGCGCUCAUCAUCUAAAGGACUGGCUGAAUCUGGCAAUCUUUUUAAGAACAUGAUGGCAAUGCUCCGAGAUGUCACAGUAUGCUAUGAUGGAACCAUGAGAACUUCGUGCAGCAACUCAAUUGUACAAUUUGAUUCGACAAAUGUAUCAAGUUCUGUGACACCAGGUGAUGCUGUUGGCAUCUUGGGACUCAAUGAAGGUGAAGUGCUUAGUAGAUCUGUUCCAUUCCAAGAAGUACUUACCGAUGCUUGCUCUAAAACUGGUACCAUUGACCAAAAGGCAAUUUUGUAUCUGAACAAAUGCUUUUGUGGACUCAAGUUCUGCAUGGAAAGAGCACUCAGGGUGAAAUCCUGCUUAAAAAGAAUCAAAUUGGAGUAUUGUGCCACUGAGGUUUCAAUCAAGUACCAGCAAGAAGCAACUCAAGCAGCACACUGCCUUGUUGGUCACAUUCACCUAGAUAAGGAGCAAUUGAAUCAGAUGGAGAUAACUAUGGAAAAUAUUCUUCAAACAUGCCAAAAAGUUAUCAAUAAACAUGUAACGAAAAUUCUUUCAAAUGCUCAGUUACUGUUCAGAACCACUAAUAUUGAGUUAUCAGUUCACCUAUUAGCUAAAUGA